AUGUGUUUCUCUCGUUAUCUGGGGCUGUGGAGGACAUGGUGUACUCUGUACGAUACCUUUAUUUCUGUUGCAUUAGGGGGGUUGUCGGGAGGCGGAGGCCGGCGUGGGGGGUGGGAGACACUUUUCGGAGUCACAUGUUUUGGAAUUACUUCUGUCUUUCCUGUUAAGUUACGUGUUUUUAAGUCAAGAAUAAGUGUUACUUCUCACUCUUCCAAUCGGAUCAUUCUAGUCCUAGUACUCGGGUAG